ACUCUAAUUGUCAAAUAAAUGAUGGCAGUUAAAAUUUCACGUGUGAUAAUUUAUUAAAACAAAACAUACUUUAUUAGAAAGUAAUUAAAAUAACAUGAGCAAUCAGGACUUGGUCAAUUAUUUAACGGAAUGUGGUGUUUGCCAAAUGUGUCAGUUACGCUACUUGAAAUCUAGAGGCAAUGAGUACCAAGAUAUAAAGCAAUCCUUUAAAAAUUUAGAUCUCAAGUAUAGUGACAUCAUUUGUAACAAUGACGAUGAAUUGCCAAAAAAGAAGCAACGCUCGAAUGUUUGCACAACAUGCCUUGGUUUGUUUUCAAAGGAGUUUCAAGAAAAGCUGAUUGCCGCUAUACUAAAACAAGGUUUAGAAGAACAUGAGUGCUCUUCUAUAGUUGUCGCAAUAAGUACACCAAUAAUACUACAAGUCCGGCAGCUAUCCAUGUGGUUUGCUUUACGUCAGAAAUUUGAACAUAUAAACACCGAACGUCCGCCAGAUGUGCCUUUAAAAGAAGCAAUUAAGUUGAUUAUAAAUCCAAUCUUGUGUGAAAAACUACAUAAAAAUUAUGAUGUAAAUGGUAUAAUGAUAAGUGUAACUUUAAUGCAUAAUCAAAAUAGUGAAGAAAUUUCCAAUUUGGAGAAAUUAAAUAAACAUUUGUAUCGGGAGAAGCACGAAAAUCAGCAAAUGUCACGUGUGUGGAUAGAAAAGCAUUACACUCCUGGAAUUGUCGAUGUAGAUUUAUACAAAAAAUUCAUAACUGUGCCACCUCCAAUACCGAACGAUUCAUUAUAUAUAACAUCCAUUUCGGUUACCGGACCUACAGUUUAUAUUGCUGGACGCUAUAGGAAAUUAUCACGCAAGUUAUCGCAUACACCGUGGUUAUUGAAUGGAAUUCGUGUAAUGGAAGACAGUGUAGAAGAGAUUAUCAUAAGAAGCAUCGUCCCACAUUUUUGCGCGGAACAGAGUAAGAUCAUAUUUAUGUCCAGUGGACGUGAGGAUGUGGACGUACGUUGUCUUGGUAAAGGUCGUCCAUUUGUGCUUGAAAUACCUAAUGCUCAUCGUACAAAGUUAAUUAAAAAAGAUGCAUUUAUGAUGGAGUCAAAUAUUGAAAAAUCACUACAAAUUUCAGUGCGUGACUUGCAGACUGCGAUGAGAGAGGAAACGGUGCAUAUUAAAACUGGAGAGGAAAAGAAACAUAAAUUUUACCGAGCAUUAUGUAAAUUGGAAGAACCUGUUACAAUUGACGUUUUAGAAAAACUUAAUUUGCCUGAAGGAUUUUUAAUUGACCAGAAAACACCACUCAGAGUACUGCAUCGCAGACCGUUGUUAACAAGACCGCGGAGAAUACAUAGUUUAAGAGCACGGGUCUGUCAAAAUAAUCUUAAAGCUGUCAUACUUGACGUAGUUACGCAAGCAGGAACUUACGUUAAAGAGCUUGUACAUGGAGAUUUUGGACGCACAUCUCCUUCAAUAACCUCCAUUAUAGGAAAACCGAUCGACAUUAUCUCGUUAGAUGUAAUUGCUGUAGGCUUAGAAUGGCCAGCAGAAGUAGAUAAUAGUUUAAUAAAUGAUUGACAAUAAAAUAAUUUACAAA